AUGGGGCUAACAUCAUCCUUAUUCAUAUUCAUUCUAGGUUUCAUCAGCCCCUUCUUGUUGAUUGUCUUCAUUUUCCAAUACGUACUACGUGAUGUAUCCGAAUCUGAGAAGGAACAAGAAUCACCAAUCAAGGCAGGAGAAAUAGAAGAAAAACACCAAUCGGGAUUGGAGAGUUUCAAAAAUGGUUGGUUAUUUGUCACCAAUGAGUAUAUUGAAAGUACUGAUGAGAUCAAUCGCAAUACCACUUCAAUUACUGAAGCAGUGGAGAAUAGAUCGGCUAUUUCGUCAUUAUAUAAACUAGUGAAUAGGGAGCAGCAACAACAGCAACAACAGAAGCACAAACAAGAUCAGAUUACAGAGGAGACAGACGCAGAUGCUGCUGACGCAAGAGAUGACAUUUCCAUAUCUGAUGCAGCAUCAAUUAGUUCACAACACACCACUUCAACCACUCAACAGCUGCUUCUGUCGCCACCACCAGCUACGUCCACUCAACAACCGCCAGCACAAGUUAGACAGUCGUUAAAGAAGCACCGGUACUUUGGCGUGCUAAAACAUGGCAAUUUAUUCCUAUAUAAGGAUCAAACAAUCAAGGAUGUCAAACAUGUCAUUGUGUUGGGAAACUAUUUUGUUAGUAUCUGGCCACGAAAUUUACCCGAGCCACUGUUGUUUACAAAAUACACCGCUAUUGCAUUGAUCAAUGUCAAUAAAUUAUCUGAUUUGAAUCAAGAAUCAAACAAAGCACCUCGAGGCAGUUUUUUCAUUUACUGUGACACCAAUAGCGAUAAAGAAGAUUGGUAUUUUGCAUUGAUUAGAGGCACCAAAUUGGACUCUGUCAACACAACAUCAUCAAUACCGGCAAGUUUGAGUCCACAAAAGCAUGCACAAACAUUGCAUUUUUCAACCAAGGAAAUGAUCAAUUUAAUUCAAGCAUUGUAUAGCUCCGAGGGACAUUUACAAACGAAAUGGUUGAAUGCGUUAAUUGGAAGAUGGUUCUUGGCCAUAAAGGAUACUAAAUUUUUCGAAAAUUACAUCUUCACUAAACUUAGCAAGAAAUUAAACAAAAUUAAAAAACCAGGGUUUUUCAAUGAAUUUCAAAUCACUGAUAUACAACCAGGAAGUUCAGCUCCAUUUUUCACUUAUCCUAAUUUAAAAGAGAUAAAUCCAGAUGGUACAUUGGUAAUCAGUUCUCAUGUGUCAUACAAUGGUGGAUUAUCGGUAACAAUUGCCACUAAAUUGGAUCUUACAUUUGGAACUAAAUUCACCACAAGAGAAGUUGAUCUAGUAUUGAAGAUCUCUUUGGUUAAUCUCGAAGGUCCAAUGUUGAUUAAAUUGAAACCACCACCAAGUAAUCGUUUUUGGUAUUGUUAUGAAGUUGAGCCAACGUUGAAUUUCCAAAUUGAGCCGAUAUUGAGCUCAAAAUCGUUAAACUAUUCAUUUAUUACAAGCACAAUUGAAAAAAAGUUUAAAGAGGCAGUCAAGGAAAGUUUGGUUAUGCCCUAUUGGGAUGAUAUUGAAUUUUUCAAUACUCUGCAUGAAUUGUAUCGUGGUGGUAUUUGGAAACAUGAUGGUGAGGAAGACAAAGAACUGUCAAGUGCAGAUGAUACAGUUUCUCAUGAUGGUCACUCAUCCGAGACAAACACUGUUGACGAAGCAUCGAUUCAAUUGUCAGAAUCUUCUGACUUCAAGACCACUUCGAAAAAAUCGUUACGGAGAAUGGGCUCCACUAUAAACGAUUUUACGAAAAAAAUGAAGAACAAGUCCAAUUCACCUCUGUUGGAUGAGUUUCCUGAAACAGGGGCCACAACAUCCACAAGAGGCUCAAGUAGAGGUGCCACAAAUGCAACCGAUGCCAAUGGUAACGGGUUGUUGAAACGUAUAGGUAAAUGGUACUUUAAAGAUGAUUACAGAAACAACUCACCUCAACAAAAGGCUGACACCACAUCAGGUUUGAAAGCUUCACUGCUGCCUAUGACAUCUCCUGUUACUGGGGCUAGUGAAACGUAUCAUCCACCAGAAAUGAUUACCAAUAGGCGAGCGCGCAAAUCAUCAAGUGUGUCAUCAUUUGGUAAAGAUCGGACCUCUGGAAAUGGGAUUGGACAGGGACAGGGACAGGGUUCUGGUGCAAGCGCAAGUGCAAGUGCAAGUGCAAGUGAUGCAACAUUGCCUAUUGCUUCAACCGAGCCCGUCACCGCACUGUCAAUUCUCACUCAAGCAUCGUUAUCAUCACCUAGAAUUCGAUCACCAUCAUUCAACUUUGCUCGUGCUGAGUAUAUACAUGAUCCACCAGUGAAGCCUGGUAAACGUAAUGGUAAUGGCGGUGCUGGCGGUAAUGACGGUGCUGGAGAAGGAGGCUCACUCACCCCGAAAAGGCACUACAAAUCAAACAGUGGUGUGACAGCUGCACAAUUGGCAUCAUCGGGUGCAUUUGCGCAGACUUUACAAAAUAUGCCCAAUUCACCAAGUAUGGAACAAGCGGGCAACAAUGAUGUGUUUUCAAAUGAAUAUCAAGAGGCAUCGGCAUCCCCACAUGCUAGUAGUGGUGAUGGUGGUGGUGGUGGUGUUGGAGGUAGUGAAAAGCAGGACAAUUUGAACAUGUUGUUGUCUGCUGAGCCAACGGUGGCGUUAUCUCAACCGAGUUCACCUAGUCGUUCAAAAACAGUUAGGAAGAAGCCCCCACCAAUGGAUGAUUCCGAUGGUGGUAGCACAUAG